GUCUGGCCCGCCGUCCGCAUUUCCGGCGCCGACUUCCGGCGGCGGCGGCGGUGGUUCUGCGGUAGGACUAGCCUGCACCCCACGCCAUGGGGUCUCCAAACGCUGGGCUGGCGGAGCUGGGCUUCGUGGAGGCGGUGCCGUCGUGGCGGCUGCGCAGCGAGCAGUUCCCCAGCAAGGUGGGCGGCCGGCCGGCGUGGCUGAGUGCGGCCGGGCUGCCCGGGCCCCCGGAGCUGGCCUGCCCGCUGUGUGGCCGCCCGAUGGCCUUCCUGCUGCAGGUGUACGCGCCGCUGCCAGGCCGGGCCGAUGCCUUCCACCGCUGUCUUUUCCUCUUCUGCUGCCGGACGCCGCCGUGCUGCUGCGGCCUGCGCGUUUUCAGAAAUCAGCUGCCCAGGAGAAAUGACUUCUACUCCUGUGAGCCACCUUCUGAGGAUCCUCCGUCAGAGACAGGAGAGUCUGUGUAUCUCCAGCUCAAGUCUGGUGCACAUCUCUGCAGAGUUUGUGGCUGUUCAGGCCCCAAAAGAUGCUCCAGAUGUCACAAGGCACAUUACUGCAGUAAGGAGCAUCAGAGUCUGGACUGGCAAUUAGGACAUAAGCAGGCUUGUGCGCAGACAGAUAAUUUGGACAGUACUGUUCCAGAUCACAACUUCCUUUUUCCAGAAUUUGAAAUUGUAAUAGAAACAGAAGAUGAGAUUAUGCCUGAAGUUGUGGAAAGAGAUGAUGAAUCAGAGAUUAUAGGAAGCAUGGGUGAAGCACAUGAGGAAGAAUUGGAAUCCAUGGCAAAACAUGAAUCUAAGGAAGAUAAAAUUUUCCAGAAGUUUAAAACUAAAAUAUCCCUUGAACCAGAACAGAUUCUCAGAUACGGCAGAGGGAUUGCCCCGCUCUGGAUCUCCGGUAAAAAUAUCCCUCAAGAAAAGGAUAUUCCAGAUUGCCCUUGUGGUGCUAAGAGAUUAUUUGAAUUCCAGGUCAUGCCUCAGCUGCUCAACUACCUGAAGGCGGACAGACUGGGCAGGAGCGUCGACUGGGGCGUCCUGGCCGUCUUCACCUGCGCUGAAAGCUGUGAACUGGGCACUGGCUACGCAGAGGAGUUUGUUUGGAAGCAGGAUAUAACAGACGCAGCCUAAAGACAAUGGUGGAAAGCCUUAAAAUAUUCAUAAUCUCUUCUACCUUGCAGUUCCAUUUCUAGAACUUUAUCCUAAGGAAACAGUUGUAUCAGGGAUACACAAAGAUGUUUCAGGUGUUGUUUACAUUGUCUGAAUGCUAGACAAAAAUGUCCAGUGGCAGGGAAUUCAAUAAAUUCUGGUGUAUCUAUCUAGCAGGAGGCUAUGAUCUUAAUGAUACAGACCUAUAUGCAGAUCAAAUAAAAUACACAGUAUCAUCUAUAAUACCAUACCAUCUAUAAUACCAUGAUAGAUGGUAUUCAUAGUGUGAAGUUUUUGUAAAAAUAUACAUGUGUAUGUGUAUCAAAAAAUUGGAAAGAUACUAGAUGUGAACUCAACAGUGGAACCAAGAACUUUUUACUUAUAUUUAAAAUUAAUUUUUUACUUUUGACAUACUUAAAAAGAACUAAGAUCUUUGUACUUACAUUUCUUUUUACAAUAAAAGUGGAUUAUGUGCCUAA